AUGGAUCCAGAAGAAGAGAAAAAGAUUUCCUCGGCUUUGUCCGAUGUUAAAAUUUCAGGAUCAAUAUUCAAGCACAAGAACGAAGGACCAAUUAAAGAAGUCUACAAGAUCACUCGUAAAAUCGGAAGUGGAGCAUAUGGAGAAGUACGUAAAUGAUAUGUACGUGAAUCAGGGGAGUUAAGGGCAGUUAAAAUCAUCAAGAAGAAAGCUCUAGCUGAAGAUGAAAGAAAGAAGCUCAAGAACGAAGCAGAAAUCCUGAGACAACUGGACCACCAGAACAUCAUUAAGCUCUACGAAAUUUUUGAAGACAAAAAGUAUUAUUACAUUAUUAUGGAGUUUUUGACUGGCGGAGAGCUUUUUGAGAAGAUCACCGACGAAGAUUUUUAUGGAGACUUCACUGAAAAAGACGCUGCCAACAUCAUGCAGCAAGUGUUCAGAGGCAUCAACUACUGUCACGCUAACGAUGUUGUCCACAGAGACCUUAAGCCUGAGAAUCUGUUGCUCGAGAGCAAUGUGACUUCUGAGAGUUUAGGAGGAAAGAAAUAGCAUGAAGAUUAAGAUUAUUGAUUUUGGUACUGCCCAACAAUACAAAGUAGGCGGAAAAAGCAAGAUGGAAGAGAGAUAUGGAACACCUUAUUAUAUUGCUCCAGAUGUACUAAACAAGAGUUAUAAUGAAAAAUGCGAUGUUUGGUCCUUGGGAGUCAUUCUCUACAUUUUGCUCGUUGGCUACCCUCCUUUCAAUGGUUCUGAAGACAAGAAAAUUAUUGAUGCUGUCAAGAAAGGAGUCUACACUCUUGACGAACCCGAGUGGGACGACGUCUCAAGUGAAGCUAUUGACUUAGUCAAGAAAUGCCUGACUUACGACCCAGAAAAGAGGAUUAGCGCUUCUGAAGCCCUCGAACAUCCAUGGUUCAAGAAGUUUGCAAAAGGAGAGAAAGUGAAGAAAUCGCUAGCAUCAAAAGCUCUCAGCAACCUCAAGAACUUCAGGGCAGAGCAAAAACUAAAGCAGGCAACACUGGCUUUCAUUGUGUCGCAGUGCUUGACCAAGGAAGAGACAGACAAAAUGGGGGAGAUCUUCGCAGCCAUGGACAAGAACAACGACGGAAUGCUCAGCAAAGAAGAAAUCAGCGAGGGAUAUGAAGAACACUUCGGAAUUCCAAUUGAUGACGAAGAGUUGGACAAGAUAUUUAGCGCCAUUGAUACAGACGGAAGUGGAGCCAUUGAUUACUCAGAGUUUUUGAUGGCCACCAUGAACGAGCAGCAGCUGAUGUCAAAAGAAAAGCUAAAACAGGCCUUUAAAAUGUUUGACAAAGACAAUUCAGGAACCAUUUCCAAGCAAGAAAUCAGAGAGGCUCUGGGCAACCUUGACGAAGAAGUUGCUGACAAAAUGAUUUCCGAGGUUGACGACAAUGGAGACGGAGAAAUCUCGUUUGAUGAGUUUGAGAGAAUGAUGAAUAUGGUGGCCGGCGCUAAGUCCAAGGGAGAGUUAUAACCUCCACCGUUGGCACCCCAGCAUUGUAAAAGCUAUAUAGAUAAGUAUGUUAAUGAACAGCAACUCUUGUUAGUAUUCCAGCAGCUUUAGUAGUAUUAGAGUAGAUAAUUCUGACAGUCAUGCUGACUUCAGAGGUGCCAUAGAGAAAUCACUCAAACUAGAAGGGUAUCGCUGUAUCAUGAGAAAACGGAUGUAUCGGGAGGGGCAAGCACACAGAUGCUACUGGGAGUAAAUACUGGGGACACUGAGUCUUAGAAGGCUUUAUAUGGGGUUAUGCAUGGGCUAGAAGAUUGUUUU